AUGAAAGAGCCGAAGAAAUGGAAAAAUAUCCUKAUAUUUUAUUUYAUAACACUSCUCAGGCGGACAACAUUUGGUCAAUUAUCGUUGCUCAAACCAGCAACUUUUGCUCCRUCGUUYACUCUCCCAACUCUCGAUGGAAGAGUCACUUUCCUCAAACGGCACAAGAAUGACACAGUACCUCAACACCCAAUAAUCUUGCACGCCUUCACGAGUAGAUCAGCGUUUUUGGAAGCAAUAUGGACAGAUAAAGAUUCCCUGACUAAYUUCCUGAAGCAUUCUCCAAGAAAUACAAGAUAUGUUUUCAUAUCUCUCGGUGAUAACGCAAAAGAGGAUGCAACGUGGAUGAGAGAUGUGCUCAACACAACCAUUCAUCAAUAUUAUAGUAAAGUUUCUUCGACGAGUUCCAGUUCUGACUGUGAAAUUGAUGCGGACGAUGAGUUGAGAGAGCAGCCAUCACUCUUGACUGUACAGCAGCUAAAAGAACGAAGGAAACAYAAAAAUCGUCACCAUAACCGCCAGCCCUACCGUCUACCUUGCUACCGUCACAAGAAGCCMUUCUGUGGACGACAUAAAAGCGAAUGUCAYAAGUCCCAGGCUAUUGAAAAUUGGAAAAAACGCCUUCACUUUGUCACUUUGCCAAUGUUUCAACUUGGGAGCUAUAUACCGUAUGUGCUGGAUCACUGGCAGUGUUUUGGGUCCAGCUGUGCACUUCCACAAGUUGCUGUCAAAGACAAAGCAGGGGAUAUCAUCAGUGUAGUCGAACGUCUUGAUGCGCGUUAUGAUUGGCUGCCUUCACCGCAUACAUUUUCACACCGUCACUCAAUGCUUAAACUCAAAUACUAUGGUGACGCCUGUGAGUUGAGCACGGAGGAUCUUUCGCGUGCUCAUUCCAAAGAUAAACUGAAAGACAAGAAAAAAUCAAAGAAACCCGGCAUAAUAGCACUCGUCAUAGCCGGCAAAUGCUCUCUUUACAGAAAGAUUAGAAACAUGUCUCAAGCAAAGGCAGCCGGCAUUCUCAUUAUUCAAGAGGCAGAAAAGACUGUGAAAGAAUUGACUUGUUCUGGUAAACACUGCUACUUUCCGCUGAGGAUUCCAGCGUCUAUGAUAAGACACACAGAUGGCAUGGUCAUCAGGAAGCGACUCCUAGAUGGCGAAAGUCUCCACGUCUCGUAUCAAUCUACUCCAACGGAAAAUUUCUUCAUGGCUAUUGACGGACAAGGGAAACUGGCUGAAGUGGGACUGUUUCUUUACCCUUCCAUGAUGUUUCUUGGCUAUGAAGCAAAAUGGUUUAACUACAAGACAGAUCUCAUCCAUAAUCUAACUGGCAGUGCAAGGAUUAUCAAAGUGUUUGACCACGCCCUGAUGAAGGGACGCGAGGGUGCUGUGGCAACUGUGAAACUUCCACCAAUCAAAGAUUUGAUGCUGUACAGGAACGUUGAGCUCGACAUGAAGCUUCAUUGUGAAGGUGAUAACGACUAUGACUGUCCACACUGGGAUCACGUGGUACGUCUAACUGUCUGCUGCAACAAUGACAGUGUAUUGUGCGAUGAGGAAAUUGGUCGGUGGAUUACACCUUACAGAAGAAAUAUUGGACACUGGCUAACAAAGAUAACGCCACUUUUACCACUCUUUACUUCUGAACGAUGUACAUUCAGGAUGAGGCAUCCAUUCUGGGAACGAGCGUGGAAACCGUCGUUAGACAUUCGUCUGUCUGACCACAUCCACUAUUCCAGACAUCAUUACAGUAGUGCCGACGAAGAUGAAUUUAUCGUACCGUACAGAGCAUUGAAACUCUUUGAAGGAGGAAAAUUCGACAAGGAUUACAACACACGUUACCAAACGAUACGUUUUAAAGUUCCACCAGAAACAGACCGCGUAAAGCUGGUAGCAACUAUUACCGGUCAUGGAAGUGACAACAAUGGAUGCGCCGAAUUUUGUAUUACAUCGCAUCAUUUUAUAAUCAACGGUAAACCAAACGUACGAGUGUUUAAGAACGCCGCUACCGCCAUGGGGUGCGCUAAUAGGGUCGAAAAAGGGGUGACUCCCAAUGAGCACGGCACGUGGUUGUAUGGACGGGACGGGUGGUGUCCAGGUCAAGAUGUCGUACCAUGGGUUGUCGAUGUUACAGAUCAAGUUAUCAAAAACCGCGAGUUAUAUAACACGAUUAAAUACUAUGGAUGGUUCAACGGCAGUGAUCCCAAUCCAAUGAGAAACCCAGGAGAGAUUCUCAUGACAUCGUUUCUUAUAUUUUAUUUACCGUCCGACGAUAUCGAAAGAAAAGACUAUUUAUAAUAGAAUAUUAUCUAUAAACCGUUUUUAUUUUAUAAGAAAAUUACUGAACCUGGUUUCAGUUUUAUUGCGUUUGAGGGAUGACCACAGAAAACUCAUGAAAACUGACAUACAAUAACAYAAAUACAAAUACAUAACUAGAUUUGUUCAGUUCCGUUCUAGUUUAACAACAAUACUAAAUUGUUGGCUGCGACGGAUUUUGUUUUUUUUCUUCAUAUUUUCGUUUUCACGGGUUUAGUGCUGUGAAUAUAACCUCCACAGGAUGGGGGCUUUGGAACAAUAUAUUUUAUAAAUAAAACUCGUAAACUAACUGAGAGUUUUGAUUGCUCGCAAGCAACAGGCUGUCAAGCCUUUUGUUAAUAUCUAUUUUCUUUUACCAUGUAAAACGAAACACUGAGAACAU